UGUAAACAUGGUUGUAUGCUGCAUGAAGUUGUGAAUCAAAGUUAUAUUUGAGGCUGUAUCUGAGGAUGCGGUAUUAGGAAUGCAGUAGAAAAAACUUCAUCUAAAAAGGUCUGAGGAGGAAGAUCUGAUUCUUGGAAGAACAAUGUUGGGGUUUGGAGCCUUGAACAAUGAUUCUGAAGAAUAUGUUGAGCGAGAACCCCCAAUAGAAAUUAUUCAGGAGGCACAGGAAUCUGAGGCUCUAGCAAUCUAUCACAAAGCUUUAGCAUGUCAAAAAUCAGGAGAUAACCAGGAGGCAGAAAGGUUGUAUCUGGAUGUUCUCAAAACGGAACUUCUGUCAAAGGUACCAUGCCCAUCAGAGCUGAAACCAGAAGAAAUACAAGAAAAUUCUGGUCUUUUGCUGAAGUAUACGGUUUACAAAAAUCUUGGUGAUAUUUCAUAUGCUGAGGAGGAUAAUGAAAAGGCUUUGGACAACUAUCUUGAGGCUGCCCUUAUUGAUGAAUCUGAUGUGUCCCUAUGGUGGAGAAUAGGAGACAUUGCUUUAAAAGUCACAAAUAUGAAGCUUGCAAGGUACUCAUUUGAAAAGGGACUAAUCGUUAACUCAAAGCACUGGCCAUGCCUCGAUAACCUUGUCACUGUCUUAUUUGCAAUUGGUGAUUAUGCAGCUUGCUUAGAGGCGAUAGUCAGAGGACUGGAAAUGGAUAGUAUGUUUGUCAAAGGUUUGGUUAUUCGCGAUCAAAUUUUCAAAGAAGAGGCCCACUUCAGAAGAGAGUAUCGCGAAUUCCACAUCUUAUUUGAGAACGAAAAUCAAGAUGAAUAUUAUGAUGACAGUUGUGUUAAAUAUAUUGAAGAAGCUCUAGUUUUACGCGAGAAAAGAUGUUUGUUAGCAAAAAAAGAAGAUCUGCAGAAGAUCAAGCUUACCAAGCAGUUGACGUUCUUCACAUGGGCCUGCGUUGGCGAUUGCCUCAUACAUCAAUAUGAUGAAUUGACCAAUCCUGACAACCCGAAGUCGCUUUGCAGACCAUUGGAUAUCGAAAAAUAUUCGAAAACACCAGAACAGCAAAAUUCGCUUGCUAUUCCCUCUCCUGAGACAAACUGGAAAGGAGCCAAGCCAUUUGGAAAAGACGAAGAAAGAAAAGGAAUUAAACGGAAGAAGAUUCAGUCAGCAUUGUUUGAGAAAGAUGUGGAACCAGUUGCAAAAAGGAGAUCGGCAAGGGUCAAGUCGUCAAAAAAGGAAGAGGACGUCAACUGGUCUGAGCUGUUGCAAAACUUUCUUCCAGAGUUCUUAAGGUCAGAUUCAGUCACUGAAAAUGAAGACUCGCAAGACAGUAUGGCCGAAGAUUACAAUACAUUGCCUCCUAACUCAACUGCGACUGAUCUAAAUCAAAAGAGUACAGAAGAGGCCAAAUUGGUUUCCGAUUUUAUAAAUAAAAAUGUUCGAAAUAGUGGGUGCAUUGAUUUGAUGUGCAAAUUUGUCGACGCAGUUGCAAGCCAUCACGAGGCUCAUCAAAAAUGGUACCAUGGUCUUCCUCAAAUUUACACCCAAGUUUUCAAGAGAAUCAGAAAGCACAUCCAAUAUCCAGAACUUCCUCCGCGUGAUGGCAGUGAAGAAUACACAUGUUUGUUUGCUAAAUCUGUUUUGUAUGUUUUGGAGUUUCAACUCGAUGAAUGGCUUUCAGUUAAAUCAAAAGUUCCAGUCAAUUUUUCUCCCGGAAAACAAUCUUCAAAAGCGAAGAAGUCUGAAACCAAAAGUGGAAGUGAAAAGCCAAACGGUUGUGAAGAAUUCCAGAGUGAUCUUUCAUACUUGAUGUUCCUCGUUCCGCUUGAGAACGUGUUCAAGGAAUUUUGGCUGGAGCUGAUAACCAGACUACAUUGGCUUGAAGCAAGGUUUCUUAUGCUAAUCGGUGACACUAAGCAGUCUAUUCGUGUUUUUAACAAGUGCAUUGAUGUUCUUACCCCUGGAAAUGGAAUGACAACAGAUCCAAAGUUAUUAUUUCGAUUGGAAAACUGUACCUGUGAUGCGCAGAUUAGUCUAGAAACCGUGCAAAGAAAAUUUGAAACACUGCAAAGAUGUCUGUCCUUACAAGAAGUGAGUAAAUCAUACGAGGAUGAAAAAUAUGCAGAUGUUGUCGAGCUGUUGUUGCCCCUAUUGAAGCAAAGGCAACCAUCAACCAAGGAUAGUGAGACUACAUCUGCACCUGCAGAAAGGCCAACACAGUUGCUUCUCCUGCAAGACUCACUGGCAAAACUCGGACAAAUAAAAAAAUGCAUCAUGUGCUCAGAACUGGCAAUUAACGAGGCUGUGCAACAGAUGACACCAACUGAAGACUGGAAGAUACUUAUUAAUGGCUUUCUCGAAUGUCUUAAUAGGGUCUUAAAUGAAGAUGUUUUUACUGACAAGAUGUUGCCAAGCAGUGUUCUAUAUGGCCUAGUGCAUGGAAUGAUACGAAUUAUAGAAACAUCCAUGGAAUGCUUGGAUUCAAAUGAAAUAGUUUUAGCUACAACAAUUCCAUGGCUCAUCUUGUACAAAAUCGUUAAAAGCUUCAAUCCCUCAUCUGUAGCGAAAGAAGAUUGUGUAUCUUCCUUGCGGGAAAUGUUGGCUGCAGACGACAGCACAAUGCCGCCAUCUUUUAUGUUUAUAAAAAGUGCCCACGAUGUGCUGGGAAGGCGUGGAUUGUGUUGUGCGGACGAUGGCCUUCUCCUUCUAGCAUUUUCAAAAGACCUAAAGUCAUUGUCUGAUUUUUUGAUGCCACAGUCAAAGAAAGAGGACGUGCUAAGGGAGCUUGAGCAAUGUUUUUAUUGCCUUUAUGGACAUCCUUCCAAGAAAACAAAGAGUAGAAAGCUGCAUGAUCAUGUGACCAGUCAGAUUCCGUUAAUUUGGGAGCACGCCCAUAUCGUCUACGAACAUUUCCGCCCGCCGGGUCUACCCACCCUGGAUAAUAAGCUAAACACAAUAUCGAUGGAAGUACAGCUGCUUCUCAGGCGAAUUAUUAGCGUGGUGCCCCAAAAGGAAGUUGAAGUUAUUUCAUUCGAUGAAUUACAAUCUCACAUUGAUGGUUUAGCUGAUUUUCCAGUCGAAGAAAAAAAUUCGGAUGCAAAUAGCAGGGUACGCAUCCAAGACCUCUUUUACUAUCUAGCUGAUUACUAUUUUAAAAACAAAGAGUUCAACAAGGCCAUCAAGUUCUACAUGCAUGACGUUUGUCUGAAUCCGAAGAGAUUCGAAUCAUGGGCUGCGAUGGCGCUUGCUCGUGGAUCGAGGCUGGAGGAAAAGAUCAGUGCCCAUGAGCCAAAAAGUGAUGGGCCUAUUCGCAAGAACAUCGUGUCAACUUUGAGAUGUUUUGAGAAGGCUGUUGAGCUGAAUAACAAAAAUUGUAUGAUUCUUGAAGAGUAUGGAUCGACUUCCUACAUGUUGAAUUCUCAGGCAGCCAGGCGAUUGAGGGAGCUGAUACAAGACGAGGAGUACACAAAAGAUGUGGCAGUAACUUUGAUGGAGAGGCGAAAUGAAAUGCUGAAACUAUCGGAGAAAUGUUUUUCGCAGGCAAAGAGUCUCGUUAAAAGAGCCGAAGGAGAACCAUGGCUGCACUCCUAUAUGCUAGGCAAAACAUCAGAAAGAUUAGAGAAAUCUCUUCGUAUUUAUCUUGACUAUUAUAUGCUUGCUGGUCGACAAUUGUACAUAGCUAAUGCAAACUAUCCAAAAAGAAUUCCAUACCAUAAUCCGCCGGAGUAUUCCAUCGAAUCUCUAGAGAUGUAUUACAGAACACAUGCGUCGAUUCUCAAGUUUCUUCGGAAAUGCAAAGAUAAUCUGGAUUUCGCUUUAAUUGAAGAAUACUUGGACAAAGCCGAGGAAUCCCCUUUUGUUAAGGGAAUCAACAUUAAGAGCGUCGAUAAACCUUUGGGAAAAGAGGACAGUUUCACUGAUUCCGCUAAGCCUGUUUCACUUGGUGACAUGUCCGAGAAAAGUUCUUCGGUCAUGGAGAGCCAAGUGUCAAUCAAGGGAGAUGACGUAAUAAAGACAAUGCCAGACAACCAAUCAUUGCUUGAUGUACCAAGCUAUGAAGAUUCCCCUUCAUUGUUCUCGGAAACCUAUUCCCAAAACACAUCAGCAUCUGAUUCGCAAAUGUCACUCGUGUCCAACCAGACUGGAGCACCAGAGAGCACAAAGCAGCACUAUGGAACAACCGCAGAAUAUUCAUUGAAUGUGAACUCUCUUAGUCAAAUGGAGGGGGAUCCUGCAAGAAAAAUAGAAGAGACGCCUAAAAAUAAAUCACCCAAUGAGAGCGGGCUUGACCAAGCUCCUAGCGAUGAGACUGACUCCCAAUUUAAGGUUCCUGAAUCGAAGCCCGUUAGCGACCCUCCUGAUUCUCUACCACCUAGUAACGAACAGAGCUUUUCCGGUGCUGCAAAGGAGGACGAAAAGAUACCUAGCUUAGCAGUAUCAAUGAUACGGUAUAAAUUUUCAUCAGAAGAAGAGAGAGAAAGAUAUAAAAAGAUAAUUGAUCGUUGUGUUGACGCGUUCUCGCUUUGCUUGAAGAGAUUUCCAGAGCAUUACAAGAGUCAACACAAGAUCGCCUUCGUCAUGACGUAUUUCGAGACUCAUAAGGAUUUAUCGUUUAGCCGGGAACUGCUUCUUGGCUCAAGUGGAGUCACUACAAAAAGGGCCUUUGUGCCACAACAUGGAAUUUUUACUGACAGGAGCAAGACCAACCUCUUUCAGUAUAUUUGGCGAAUUCCUAUUGAUGAAGUUGAUCGCCGCGGGAGCUUUUGCUCCCAUAUUUGCAAAGCUGUAGAGCUCCUACUUCAUGUUCUGUCAGAGUUAAAAGAAUGGGACACCCUUCUAACAGUUUCCGGGCUGCUUCAUCUUACUCCAAGCAAAGAUAAAAAAUAUUUGAGGGAUAAUGACAGAUUGCUGCUUGCUUUGAAGGCAUUUGAUAUCGCCAAUGAUAUUUUAAAGGAGCGGAUCAAGCUGGCAGAUACGCUUUCAAGAACAGAAAAGAAGCUCUUGCUAUUGGAUUGCUAUGAAGCAUACAGGCAUGCGCAGAAAAUGCAAACAUCAAUGCAGAUCACGGAGCAUUUCCUGACCAAGCUUUACCGGCUGCUUCUCUACGAACCAGAUGAAAAUUCAGAGGUCCUAUCUCCACUACCUGACAAGGUUGUUUUAGAGCAGGCUUUGCGAUUUUGUGUUUUGAAUGCAGAAAGUGCCAAGAAAUUUUCUGUAUCGACUGGCACUGCUCCAUUCAGCUCACCAAGUAGCCAAAAUACAGUGAAUCAAGUGACAAGCAAGAAUCCGGAAGAGACAAAGAGCAAUGAUGUGACAAAUUCAGAGGACCAAAAACAGGCUGCAGAAAACUGAGCAGUCUUAUGCACAAACAAUUUUGGUCAUGUUUUGUCAAUGGAAGAAAAUUUAGCUAAGCAAAUGCUGCCGAUUUAUUGCAAUAUUGCAAGAAUGUGACAGUGUGCAUCAGUAACAUUCAUAUGUAUUGAUGCAGCAUCAUCACUUUUGUACUUGGAUCGAAGAGGAGUUAAUCCUAUUAUUAUAAAUAGUAGUGUAAUAUUUUAAACAAGACAAUAUAAAAACUUUUCAGCUUUCUUCAAUAAAGUUCUGACAAAGCAGGAACACAGGAGAAAGGGAAACAAAAUUGAACCAUCUCAACAGAAAAGAACAUCCAGAGAAUGAUAUGUUUAUAUACAUUAAAUAUCAAACCGAAUUCUAUAUUGAUUGUGCUAAGGCCCUUUUCAUAAUGUAAUCUGAAGGCCUUUUCCAUAUUUCUAAAUCAGGCAUGGCACAAAAGGAAGCCAUAAUUCAAUGUUUGAAUUAUAAUGAAAAGAGAGACCUUUUUCUAUUGGAAUUUGCUAUCUUUCAACCAGUGGUGCUAAGGGUUUAACUAAGGUAUUAACCACUCAACUUUACUUAAGGUUGAAUGGAAUCCUAAGGUCUUAUUCAGAGAAUCCUUUGGUGCCUGCCAAUCAAUUGAAUUAAAAGUUAUUUACAAGUCGCAUAUGAAUUGUAUUGUAAAUGUUAAUCAAAUAUUACAAAGUAUUUUCCAAACCCUCCUCAACUAUUUAAUAUACAGUUUAAUUUACAACCAAAGGUUUUUGAAGAUCUACACAAAGCCUUAAAUUAUCCAGUUUCAAACAAAUGUAUGAGACUUUUUUACCUUUUGGCACAGAUACAUAAGCAAUACUUUGCUUUUUGUAUGAGAGUAAUUGCAGUAUUUCAUGCACAGAAAUAAAUUAUUCUGCCUCAAUCCUAAUAACAUAGGUUAUUAUUUGCAAAACAGGCAAUAGGUUAUAAGUUUUUAAGGACUUUUAUAAACUUUUUUCAACUUUAAUAUCAGUAUUUACAGCAGGCUUAUGUAACAAUGAAUAAUGUUCUGAAACUGAUGAGCUGAACAACUUAACUGAACUGUAUUUAGACACCACGUAAAGACCUAACUAUAGCUUCACAAUCUGACAAGUUUUCUGCUAUCUUUUUCCUUGCCUCGUUUUCUUCAAUUAUUCUUUUUUCGAUUUCUUCCAAGUCUUGUUCACACGCAG